AUGAAAGUAUUGCGCUCCUUUCCCCCGGUACACGCACACACAAUGCCAUUUUGUUCUAUAUUCCUUAAGUAGUUCAAGCCCUCAGCUAUGACAAGGUAAAGCACACCAUUCUUGUGUACGUGUGUAUACUUGUGCAUGCAUGUUUGCACGCAGGUGUUUUUGUGUGCAUGCUUGGUGUGUGUGAUGCAUUUGCGUUGUCUGAUGUUCUGUGUGUGUGUUCUAGAUGGGCUUUGUGAGAGAGUUAGGGCUGACCCCAUUUAGUCGACUGGUCAAUUGUUUGCUCGAUAGGCUGUUGGUCGACCGACAUUUCUUUAGUCGAGCAGUAGCAAAAAAAAAUAUGAAUGGUGUACAAGACAACUGUCUGAUUCGUGCCUGUCUGAGUGGACUAAUCCAUUGUUGAGGCCGUGGGAGGGCACAGUCCAUCACUAUAAGGCAUGUGCUACUGAAAUUGUACAUGGUUAAGGACAAUGGUGCAACACCAAUAAAAAUUAUAUUAUUUUAUAACAAAUGCGCUUUCUCCCGCAUUUGUCCGCAGUUCUGAAACAUCAGUGAGCUGUUGAAUUGGCGCCUUUUCCUAGACCACGUUGCUAUGUGCAUAAUAGCAAAGCUAACCAGCAUGGUGUUGAGAACAAUGUGACGGAGGCAGCAGCAGAGUUAGGAGAUGAGAAAACAGCCCUUGCCUUAAUUGUCUAAGAAAAGUGAGGAGAGAAGAAACCCCAACUUAAUUAGGUCUAUAAUCAAUAGCCUAACUGUUAAAUGUGCCUGGCUUUAUAAACCAUCCAUAUAUCUACAGAAAUAAGACAGAUCCUGCUUGUGUUGCCUGUUUGAGUGUUUGUUUAAUAGCCUACUGAUUCCAUGAGCACCAAGCCUCACACAACAACAACAUGUUGCUAUGCUGUAAUAAAAGCUUUACCCUUUAUUUUUUUUUUUUUAAAGCCUCUCUGGUAUUACUUAUUAUUUAUUUGGAGUUGUCUACGCUGUUCCAAAUUGUCCGAAGAAUAAUAUUUAUUAUGAUAAUAAUAAACCUCCUUUUUCUCGAUCUCUCUCUUGUUAUUAUUACUAUUAUUAUUAUGGUCAUUAUAGUAAGUAAUGUCAUUUUCAUUAGUAGGCUUAGUAUAGCAGCCUUGUAUAACCACCAUCGAGCUGUAGGCCUAAGAACGCAUCCUGUUUAGUCUUAAUAGCGUAACUUACUUAGGCCUAAAUGUGACUCGUUUCAGGAAACUAGGCGUAUGUCGCGGGUCACUACUUCACAGGAGAGCCAUUUGAACGUAAACUUAUUUUACAAAUCAAAAUGUGUUUUUUGGCAAAUAAUUCCUUCUGGAACAUGUGAACUUUCAUGUGCCUUAAUAACAAACUUGUAUGCCAUCUGUAAAUACGAAUAAAAGUGUCAAAUGACCAGCCUAGUUGGUUAAGCCACAGAAAAAGACAGCAACCUUCCCACUAGCCAUGAUUGCCUGAGACAAUGAGUGGGCUAGACAUGCCGAGAGAGGAGUUCGGAUUGGUCUGCCAUAUAGCACACUUCUGUCUAUUUGAGCUGGUUAGUAUGUGUAAGUAAUCCUGUCUAACGCGGCUUUUAACAAAAAAAUAUAUUGUGUAGUGGAGCUGCAUAAGUGUUGUUCUCCACUUUCUGGACGAUCAAGUUUUGAAAUCAGUAGAAUUAGAGUAUGAUAGCUAAAGAGAUGGAGAGAACACCUGUCUCCGGAUUACAUCUUCAAACUAAGGGCAACCAUGGCAUCCGUGACAGGGAGACGCGUCCAUCCAUGCAUGAUGUAUACGGGUAAGAUAAUCUAGCUAGCUACAUUUUUUGAUAUUACAUGUUUCUAAUUUUUACAGAAAGUGGUUUCAUUUCAAGUUAAAGUGUACUGUUAGCUAGCUAGCUAACGUUAGCUGGCUGGCUCGCUAGCUAACGUUACAUGUAUGACGUUAUUAUUCGUAUCUCAAAGCCAUUUGCUUGCUAACAUUGAACCUGGUUGGUUAGCUACCUGCAGAGUAGCAAAGUCAUGAGUUGGGAUUAUGGUUCAUUGUUUAACUAACAAUAAGCCAUUUAGCAGAUGCUUUUAUCCAAAGCGACUUACAGUCAUGCGUGCAUACAUUUUUACGCAUGGGUGGUCCCGGGGAUCGAACCCACUACCCUGGUGUUACAAGCGCCAUGCUCUACCAAUUGAGCUACAGAGGACUACCAUUAGCUAGCUAACGUUAGCUGGCUGGCUUGCUAGCUAACGUAUGAUCUUAUUAUUCGUAUCUCAGAGCCAUUUGCUUGGCUAGUUAUAGCCUAAUGUUAGGUAGCUAACAUUGAACCUGGUUGGUUAGCUACCUGCAGAUUCAUGCAGGGUAGUAACGUCAUGAGUUAGGAUUAUGGUUAAUUGUUAACCUAGAUAGCUAUCUAACUAUCUGGUCCUCUGUAGCUCAGCUGGUAGAGCACGGCGCUUGUAACGCCAAGGUAGUGGGUUUGAUCCCCGGGACCACCCAUACACAAAAAAUUUAUGCACGCAUGACUGUAAGUCGCUUUGGAUAAAAGCGUCUGCUAAAUGGCAUAUUAUUAUUAUUAUUAUCUACAUGUCUUAACAAAAGACUCCACUAUGCAAGUAACCAUUUCGGGUGCGUUCGUAAAUUCAGUCUGAGUAUGCCAGAGCGCAGAAUAACUGAUUAAUUUAUGAACGCACAACAUCAGUUGAAUAUGGCCGGUGUCAGUAAACGUCGGCAAAAAAGCGUAAAUAAAUUGUUGCCAGCAGCACAGUUACAGUCACCAAUGCUCUGGAUGACAUGAAAACAGCCUAACCAGCUCUGCUAGGGUGAGUAAAAUGGUCAGUGGGGUGUUAAAUGAGAGAACACCCCACUGACCAUUCAACUCGUCCUAGCAGAGCUAGUUAGGCUGUUUUCAUGUUAUCCAGAGGUAAACAAUGAACCAUAAUCCCAAUUUUGUGUCUGGAAGUAGCUAGCAAGCUAGCCAAUGUUAGCCAGUUGGUGUGGGUGCUUGACUGCCGUUGUGAGGUCAGAACGCUCAGAUCAACCCUACUCAUCGGCCAGAGCAUCAACUGUGCGCUCUGAAUGCUCCAAGAGCGAAACGAGAUGGGUGGGGCUAAAGCUUAAGAGGGUGUGAAUAAUCUGAAUGGGUGUAGACAAAGAAGAGACUGGGUGAUCUGAAAAGUAAUUGUCAAUCGAUCAAUAAUAUAAUAAUACUUUUAGCAAAAACGUUUAUUUUCAAUUUACAAUCUGUAGAAACAAUGAGAAUAGAAAGGUUCAGAACUUUUGUAAAACAUCACAGUACAGUUGAAAAAUAUAUGGCAAAUAGAAAUCCAAUAUGGAUGGUGUUAAGAGAUAGAUGGGUGGUGUUGAAUGGAGUUGAAGGAUGGGACUAAUAACAACUAACAACAACUAAUAACAAAAAGAUAACUAAUAAUGUAAGCAUACUGUGUCCAAAAUAAGUCUAUAGGUUAUAGGUUGAGAGCUUUUGUGAAAGAGCACAGUUAGAAAGAUAUGGCAUAUAGAAGCAAACCGGAUGGACAUCAUGAAAAUGAUCGGAGAGGUUGAGGGUAGAGGAAGUUCAGGAAUAAAAACAAACAAAAUAGAAUUAUUGUAAUAUUGACUGUGUCCAUAAAAUGUAUAUAGUAUUUAUAAGCUGGAAGUAGAGGCCUAAGCAUUGUUGUUCACUAGUUUACUCCAAUUAGGGAAGGGGUGGUGCGGUUGGAAAGUAACAAAGGUAAAUAUAUAUAUUUUUAAAAAGGAUAUGUGUAUGUGUAUUUGUAUGUAUAUGUAUAUAUGUAUGUAUGUAUGUAUGUAUGUAUGUAUGUAUGUAUGUAUGUAUGUAUGUAUGUAUGUAUGUAUGUAUGUAUGUAUGUAUGUAUGUAUGUAUGUAUGUAUGUAUAUAUGUGUGUAUAUAUAUAUAUAUAUAUAUAUAUAUAUAUAUGUGUGUGUGUGUGUGUAUGUACAUAUAUAUAUAUAUAUAUAUAUAUAUAUAUAUUUGCGAGAGAAAAAAAACAUAUGGGGACUUGGAAGUGAUGCAGACUAUUAUAUUGAUGGAAGUUACAAUCUAUAUGCAAUAUUAAAGCUGAUCUACCCCAGUCACCAACGCUCUGGAUAACAUGAAAACAACCAGCUUUACUAGGGCGAGUAAAAUGGUCAGUGGGGUGUUCUCUCAUUUGUGUCUGGAAGUAGCUAGCAAGCAAGCCAAUGAUAGCCAGUUAGCUUGGGUGCUUGUCUGCCGUUGUGAGGUCAGAACGCUCGGAUUAACCCUACUCAUCGGCCAGAACGUCCAGUGUGCACUCUGAUAGCAAAACGAGAUGGGUGGGACUAAAGCUUAAGAGGGUGUGAACGAUGCUGAAUGGGUGUAGACAAAGUAGAGCUCUCCAGUAGGUACCAAAACAUUCAAAGGCCAUUUUCUCAGAAGUGAGAUUACAAGUUUAUCAACUUUAAAAGCAGAAUUACUUUCCCAUUGUUCCCUUAAAUGCAGUGUAUGCUAUACCAUUUUUUAGCUCUGUGUCUCUGCUUUUAUCCAAUGUAAAAACACAAUUUCAAAUUUUUCUACAUAAGACUGAAUCAAGGCGGUCAGUCACAUAUUUCAAUAUUUAUAUAGGCUACUGUAUCAAUCAAACAUGAAAUUUUUUCAUGUCAUCACAGUCCUCUGUAGCUCAGCUGGUAGAGCACAGCGCUUGUAACGCCAAGGUAGUGGGUUCGAUCCCCGGGACCACCCAUACACAAAAAAUGUAUGCACGCAUGACUGCAAGUCGCUUUGGAUAAAAGCGUCUGCUGAAUGGCAUAUUAUUAUGAUCACACAGCAUGAGUCAUUCAUGAUUUGAAAUGCAAUAAGCAUUUUAGUUAUAAAAUAAAAUAACAAAGCAACCCUUGAAUAAUUAGCCAAAACAAUAAAUAAACCAUUCCAUUUUAGCAAAUGCAUUCACGAAUGCAUGCGACUGUUUUUAGUCUUUGCUGUAAUAAAGGUUUUACAAAAAAAUUAAAAUUGACAACAGACUCUCUGGUACGCUUUUCAUUUAUUUAGUGUUGUUUACAUUGUUCUAAACGGUCCGGAAAAUGAUAUUGUAAUCUAACAGCACCUGUUUGGCUCACAUAGUGUGCACGCAGCACUUGCUCCUUUUUCUUGAUCUCCAGUAUUUUCCACAACUAAUGACAUUUAUUCCACACAUCUGACUUCCCCUUUACCUCCUGAGCAACCAGUGAACAUUCCCCCGUUUCAAGUUUAUUUGUCACGUCCUCUGCAUUCAUUUUGCUGUCACGUGUUACGGUGAUCGGAGUUUGUUAUAACCAAUUUAUUGAUGUCAUUAUGAUAUGCUAUAGGUCAGGCAUACAUGUGUCACGUAAAGAGAGCAUGGGUUGAGGGAAUAGGAAUGUUUUUCCUAAACAAAUGAGGGAUUUCGGUAACAAAACUUUUCAGAAAUGGCUGUAAUUAUGUUGCAGCUUUAGCAACACUGACAGCGUGAUAAACACCGUUGAUGUUCUGUGGUGGUCGCUGCAGCAGGGAGGAGAGACAGACAACGGGUACUAGUUACACAGUCACUCGCUGUCAUUUUUCUUUACACAGCGCAGCAAGUCUGAGCCUGACUUGGCACAAUCAAAUCAAUUGCGGUCAGACUCCCUCAUUUGCGUGUCUUAAUUACUUCAUCAAACAGAGUGCUUAAAGCAUCAGAUAAACUCAGUGCAUAUAUUUGAUUUGAUUAAAACCCAUAGGACUUGUCUGUACAUAUUACUUCAACUACCUCAACUAGCCGGUGCCCCCGCACAUUGACUCUGCACCGGUACCCCCCUGUAUAUAUAGCCUCCCUACUGUUAUUUUAUUUUACUUCUGCUCUUUUUUUUCUCAACACUUUUUAUUUUUAUUUUUAAAUUGUUAAAAAUAAAUGCACUGUUGGUUAAGGGCUGUAAGUAAGCAUUUCACUGUAAUGUCUGCACUUGUUGUAUUCGGCGCAUGUGACCAAUAACAUUUGAUUUGAUUUGAUUUGAUUUAAUAUAUAUGGAAAAAUACAGCUUUUAAAAUCGAUUGGUCGAACGAACAGACGACUCUCGGUUGACCAAUACUUUUUUUAGUCGGGGACAGCCCUAGAGAGAGUACAAUCUAUGAGUGGCCCAGAGGUCUCAGCUGCUGUGCCACCAGUUCAUCUGGAACAUGAAAACCAACAUCUACCUGUACGAGGAGGGGAACCAGAAAGACUGUGAGACACACACAGACACACACACACACACACACACACACACACAGGGACACCAGAAAGACCAUAAGACAGACAUACACAUAUACAACAUACACACGCACACACUGUUACAAUGUUAAUUAGCUCUCCUCUGUGUGUGUACCUGCCGGAGAUGGUUGAGGAGAUGACAGGCUCUCUCUCUCUCAGCUACCACACACACUCAUAUCUUCUUUUUUCUCUCUCUCUCUCUCAGUAGCUGACAUAGGGGAGCACUUGAACAGAUGGUAGAAGAGAUCACUUGUGCUCUGUCUGGUCCGGCAAAAUAUUUCUACCAGCGAUAAUUUGAUUUCUUCAACAAGAUCACCAACUUGUCUGCCAUCAUCAAGUAGGCCCUGACACUCACACCUCCUACACCCAUGCACACCCGACGCACGCACGCACGCACACACACACACAAACCUACAGUGGCUUGCGAAAGUAUUCAACCCCCUUGGCAUUUUCCCUAUUUUGUUACCUUACAACCUGGAAUUAAAAUAGAUUUUGGGGGGGGUUGUGUCAUUUGAUUUAGACAACAUGCCUACCACUUUGAAGAUGCAAAUAUUUUUUUGGGUGAAACAAACAAGAAAUAAGACAAAAAAACUGAAAACUUGUGUCACGCUCGUUGAUAGACGGCUCGGACCAAGGUGCAGCGUGGUAGGCGAACAUUUUAAUUCAAUAAAUGAACACAGACCAAACAACAAAAUACACACGAACGUAAAGUACUGCAGGCUACAAAGCCACUACACAAAACCAAGAUCCCACAAACUAAGGUGGGAAAACGGCUGCCUAAGUAUGAUCGCCAAUCAGAGACAACGAUAGACAGCGGCCUCUGAUUGGGAACAAUACCCGGCCAACAAAGAAAUAGACAAACUAGAAUGCCCACCCAAAUCACACCCUGACCUAACCAAAUAGAGAAUAAAAGGGACCUCUAAGGUUAGGGCGUGACAACUUGAGCGUGCAUAACUAUUCACCCCCCCCCCCCCCCCCCCCCCAAAGUCAAUACUUUGUAGAGCCACCUUUUGCAGCAAUUACAGCUGCAAGUCUCUUGGGGUAUGUCUGGACUUUGAGUAGGCCAUUCCAAGACAUUUAAAUGUUUCCCCUCAAACCACUCAAGUGUUGCUUUAGCAGUAUGCUUAGGGUCAUUGUCCUGCUGGAAGGUGAACUUCCAUCCCAGUCUCAAAUCUCUGGAAGACUGAAACAGGUUUCCCGCAAGAAUUUCCCUGUAUUUAGCGCCAUCCAUCAUCAUUCAAUUCUGACCAGUUUCCCAGUCCCUGCCGAUGAAAAACAUCCCCACAGCAUGAUGCCGCCACCACCAUGCUUCACAGUGGGGAUGGUGUUCUCGGGGGGGAUGAGAGGUGUUGGGUUUGCGCCAGAUAUAGCCAAAAAGCUAAAUUUUAGUUUUGUCUGACCAGAGUACCUUCUUCCAUAUGUUUGGGGAGUCUCCCACAUGCCUUUUGGCGAACACCAAACAUGUUUGCUUAUUUUUUUUCUUUAAGCAAUGGCUUUUUUCUGGCCACUCUUCCGUAAAGCCCAGCUCUGUGGAGUGUACGGCUUAAAGUGGUCCUAUGGACAGAUUCUCCAAUCUCUGCUGUGGAGCUUUGCAACUCCUUCAGGGUUAUCUUUGGUCUCUUUGUUGCCUCUCUGAUUAAUGCCCUCCUUGCCUGGUCCGUGAGUUUUGGUGGCCGGCCCUCUCUUGGCAGGUUUGUUGUGGUGCCAUAUUCUUUCAAUUGUUUUAUAAUGGAUUUAAAUGGUGGUCCGUGAGAUGUUCAAAGUUUCAGAUAUUUUUGUAUAACCUAACCCUGAUCUGUACUUCUCCACAACUUUGUCCCUGACCUGUUUGGAGAGCUCCUUGGUCUUCAUGGUGCCGCUUGCUUGGUGGUGCCCCUUGCUUAGUGGUGUUGCAGAAUCUGGGGUCUUUCAGAACAGGUGUAUAUAUACACUGAGAUCAUGUGACACUUAGAUUGGACACAGGUGGACUUUAUUUAACUAAAUAUGUGACUUCUGAAGGUAAUUGGUUGCACCAGAUCUUAUUUAGGGGCUUCAUGGCGAAGGGGGUGAAUACAUAUGCACGUACCACUUUUCCGUUAUUUAUCUUUUUUGCAUUUUUUGAAACACGUUAUGUUUUUAAUUUCACUUCACCAAUUUGGACUAUUUUGUGUAUGUCCAUUACAUGAAAUCAUAAAUAAAAAUCAAUUUAAAUUACAGGUCGUAAUGCAACAAAAUAGGGAAAACGCCAAGGGGGAUGAAUACUUUUGCAAGGCACUGUACACACACACUCCUAAACCACAAUGCUAAUGAGUUCCUCUGGUGGCCUAGAUGUUUAUUGUCAGGCCUGUUCCCAUAGGUACGUUCCACUGCUGUGAAUGUGGCUUAGUGGCCCCUAAUGUGUUCCCUGAAAUGUGCUGUUGUUAAACCAUUAUUAUUCACUGUGUCUGUGUGAUUAUUCAGCCAUCUGAAGCAUUCUGCCCCAUCAGCUCCCCAGUUACCUGCCCAUCUGUUUGCUGUUUUACCUAUGUACUAAUUGAUCAGUGUACCUGCCUACCUAAGUGUCUGCUGAGGUUGCAUCCCAAAUGGCCCCCUAUGGGCCCUGGUCAAAGGUAUAGCACUAUAUAGGGAAUAGGUUGCCGUUUGUGAUGCAGCCUAAGUGUACAAGUGAUACGAGGCGUCCUGACAGCCCAUUAGUGCUGCGUUGCUGAGGGAAUGUUUACACAAGGUGAGGGGAACAGGUUGAGUAAGAAAGGGAGCAUUAACUCAUUAGGGCUGAUAAUGAGAGCUGACUAGAACUAGCUGCACUUCUUUUGACCAGGGCCGAUGUAGGGAAUAGGGUGCCAUUUGGGAUGUAGAUGGAGAUUGAGCACAACAAGCAGAGCCACAGGUAAAGAGUUCGGUCUUUGUUUGUUUACGAUGUUGUUGUGUUGUUUGACCCAUCCCCAAGGGAGACAAGAGGAAGAGAGCCUGUCUGAGGGCUCUGUCGGACAUCCAGGUCCAGCCUGGCUGUUUCCUACCCAUUAACCCUGAGGUCAUAGUACUGGACAUAGACUACAAGUCUGGGACACCCAUGCAGAGGUAGGUCUACGCCACUGUUCUUCAACUCUGAUACGAGAGAGCUAGACUGGCUACCAGUAUUUCUGCUCUCAUGGCAACUCCUUAUGAAAUUGUCAUGCCAAACAUGUGCAAGAGCACAAACGGAUCUGGUCUCAGGCUAUGAGAGAGCUACAGGGUGCACAGGCCUAAUCAUAUUAGUUUGAGUUAACAAUUAAUAAUGAAACUACUGUAAUCAAUUCAUACUAAGUUCUCUUAAAUAAUUUAUAAUACAUCCUAAUGUUUUGUUGAUCCCUAUUUUGUCUCUCAGUUUUUUGCUGCCAAAGCUCCUUACCUGGCCAAGUUCAAAGUCAAAAGGUGUGGAGUCAGUGAGCUGGAGAAAGAAGGUACUUUCUCACUAA